UCGUAUUGGUUGUUCAUCCGGUAGUGUCGCAGCUCGUAAUUCUUGCGCACACUUGUAUUAGCUGCUUUUUCACUGCGGGUAGAAGUUUUGCGGUUGAAUGAAACUUGUGCAGCAGCAAAGUUCCCCGCCGACUCCGAUUUCGCCGUUUUGCUUGUAAAAAGUGUCCGCAAGUAAUGUGGACCAAGAAAGCAACGAGCAGUUAUUUGAAUCCAAAUGUUUUAAAUCAAAUUAUAUCGCUUAUUUCAACAAAUUGUGCUAUCCGCUUGUGUUAUUAAUGCAUUAAAUAAAUAGAAAACAACGGCAACACUAAAGCACUAAAGUGUAGUGAAAUUUCCCUCGUGUAACGAACACGAUAUUGUACGGAACUGGAGAAUUAACGAAAUGCAUCUGAAAAAGAAAUACGAGGAAAGAGACGACCACAGUAUGGAACAUACAAGCAUUAGUUAUGGAUCCAACAUGGCCGAUAAUACACGCGAAGUACGAAUUGAAGAGCAAUUAAAAGUGAAAAUUGGAGAAGCUAAGAACCUGAGCAGUCGCAAUGCGGCGAACACCAGUUGCAGCACACAAGGCGUACGCGAUGUAUACUGCACAAUCGCACUUGAUCAGGAAGAAAUCUGUCGCACGCCUACCAUCGAACGCACAUUGGCGCCGUUUUUCGGCGAGGAGUAUCAGUUCAAAAUACCACGACGCUUCCGUUAUCUCUCCAUAUAUGUGUGGGAUCGUGAUCGACAUAUGAAACAAGACAAAGCAAUUGGCAAAAUAGCGAUUAAACGCGAAGAACUGCAUAUGUACAAUCACAAGGAUAAUUGGUUUGCAUUGCGACCGGUUGAUUCGGAUUCCGAGGUGCAGGGUAUGGCUCACAUUGAGGUGCAAUAUGAAGAGGUGCAACCGCCAGUUGCUCAUGUACUAAACCUAAUACGACCCAGCGAAUAUGAUCGCAGUGACAUCAUCGAAGAUAUUAGCCAUCAUCAUCACCAGCAUCAAGCGCAUCUGAAUGAUUACAAAGAGAAUAGUGAACUGAGUAAUAUACAACGUGGUUCCCUAAAAUCACGUGGCCUAUUCGGCACGCAUAACGAGCACACCACGAAUUGGAAGAAUGUGAUGGCAAUACGACAUGCACGUGUUGCGGUCCGUUGUUUGGAAUGUGUUGAUUUGGCUAAAAAGAAUGGCACUUGUGAUCCGUAUGUUAUAUUUACAGCGACUUAUACGAAUAAACGACAAGUGACGAGACGCACAAAAGUGCGUGAGAAAACCGUUAAUCCGGAAUUCGAUGAGACGGUGUACUUUGAUCUCUGUAUAGAUGCUGAUAAUUCGACAACCAAGUCGAUUUCCUCACAUCAUGAUGCCAGUACAACGAACUCCAAUAAGGGUUAUACAAUUUAUCCGCUCAGCGGUGCUGAUCUCUGUGAGAUUUCCGUUGCUUUGUGGCACAAUUCUGCGGGCAUGGCCGAUAAAGUGUUCCUCGGUGAAGUGAAAAUCCCCAUUUCAAGUAAGCAACAACAAAUCGUCGCCCAACAAUCAGCGUGGUAUUUUUUACAACCACGUUCAGCCAGUGCAACGAAUCGUUCGUUAUCGUCCACGCCGCGUUCAUGCGCUACCCCACCUGGUACACGACUCAGUUGCGACAGCACGAUCGGUACGUUACGCCUCAAAUUACUUUAUACUGCUGAUCAUGUCUUCCCGCUGGCAACCUAUGAUGACCUAAUGAACCUGCUGUUGGAGUCGGUCGACCAACGACCUAUCACUGUGUCCGCCGUCUCCAUACUAGGUGAACUAGUGUCGUGUAAGACGGAUAUGGCGCAACCAUUGGUGCGACUCUUCACACACACCGGUCGCAUUGCAUCGAUUAUCAAAGCUUUGGCUGACUAUGAAAUUUCUAAUCUAACUGAUCCUACGACGAUUUUUCGCGGUAAUACGCUUGUUUCGAAGAUGAUGGACGAAGCUAUGCGACUAUCUGGCCUGCCUUAUUUACAUCAGACGCUGCGUCCGGUGCUCGCUCAAAUACUGGCAGAGAAGAAACCCUGCGAAAUAGAUCCAUCCAAAGUUAAGGAUCGUUCAGCAGUCGAUACAAAUUUAAAUCACCUGCAAGUUUAUGUUGAACGUGUAUUCGAUGCAAUUACGAAAAGUGCGGAGCGCUGUCCGAAGGUGCUCUGUCAGAUAUUUCACGAUCUGCGCGAAUGUGCUGGCCGACAUUUUCCACGGAAUCAUGAAGUGCGAUACUCAGUAGUAUCCGGUUUCAUAUUUUUACGUUUCUUUGCACCAGCCAUACUGGGUCCAAAGUUGUUCGAUUUAACGUCCGAACCACUUGAUCACCAAACGAAUCGUACGUUAACACUCAUUUCGAAAACGAUACAAUCACUUGGGAAUUUGGUGAGCUCACGUUCUUCACAGCAGCCAAACAAAGAAGAGUACACCGGUCAGCUGUAUAAGCGUUUUUACACGGAGAAGCAUGUGACGGCAGUUAAGCACUUCUUGGAGGUGAUUUCCACACCAGGCGAGGAUUGUCGACUGCAAGGAGAUGCAGCCAAUAUAUUGUUGCCAGUUGUGUGCCCUGCAGAUGGUACACUCGAACCAGUAUUACUUAAAGAGGGCGAUGGGAUGAUGACGAAAUAUCCACAGGGCCGUAAACGUUUCGGUCGUAGGCGUUUCAAGCAGCGUUACUUUCGUCUAACCACAAAAACCCUCAGCUAUGCCAAAUCAAAGGGCAAACAACCCAUCUGUGAUAUACCAUUGUCGGAGAUUGAGCGCGUCGAGCAGCUGAAUGAGAAGAGUUUUAAAAUGCAAAACUGUUUUAAGAUCAUACGUAAAGAGCGUUCGCUUAUUAUCCAGGCAACGAAUUGUGUGGAGGAGCGUGAAUGGGUCGAUUUGUUGCACAAGAUCUGCCUUACCAAUUCCAUCCGCAUGCAGUAUUUCCAUCCGUCCGCCUUUGUGAACGGCAUCUACAGUUGUUGUUCGCGUUCGGACGAGAACGCGCCUGGCUGUCGCACAGUCUCCGCUGAAGCGAUCAAUUACUUUCAAAUGGAUCUUGUCACCUCACUCGAUCCUGCGCUUGAUCUACAACGCAUACACACUUUAAUUAUGUCACAUAUGACACAAUUAGUGGCACCGCUUGAUCCGAUUGCCUUUCAUCAUUUGCAGCAGGGCCACAAUCCACUUGCGCCUACCGCUUUGGCGUUGCAACAACAAUCGCCAGCCGCCUAUGUGGAAUUUAAAAAUACAAUCGAACAACUGCGCAAAGUGGCAUACGCCAUCGAUCGCGAUCAUCGCAACUACAAAGCUGGCAUAGCGCGUGAGCUGAAGUACGGUAGUCGACAGGCGCCGAUUGGUGAUGACAACUAUUUGCAUAUGAUGCAUGCGGCCGGUCACUUCAAUUUACAACAACAUCAGCAGCAGCAUCAACAACAACAACAACAUCACCAGCACCAACAACAAGUCGUAUUACACACACAGCAGCCAGAGCAGCAGCAGCAGCAACCGCAAGUUUUGCCACAAAUGCAACACGUGCGCGCAUAUCCGUACCAGCUAAAAUAGCUGAUGCAAUGGAAAAUUUGGCGCGUGGCACCAACUUUUCAGUGUUAGUAAGUAGGAGUAUGUAGUUUUAAUAUACCUAUGAGUAGUAGAAGAUAGACAAGAAGCGCUUCGCUUGGGACGUUAUGUACCUAAACACUUGAAAAGCAAUAGGUACUUACUUACCAAACAAAUAUAUUUAUGUGAAAUGGUAGCUAUAAGUGGGCAUGACGCUCAUUUCUUUAUUUCUUUUUUUACCUAUGAAACUCAUUUCGUAAUGCGUCUGAUAAUCGUUAUAGUGUGCUGAUUUGGACAGAAGCCCACAAAGGUGUGCUGUUGCAAGUUAUACCGUAUAACUUAACCACUUCCCAGAAAUGUAACAUAAAUAUCAAGCAACCAAUACUACAAGCAAAAGUUCAAAUUCUGUAUAAAAAAUUAUGUUCUAAAUAUUUUUAUUAUAUACAUAUAUAUACAUAUUUACGUAAAUCUAUUUAACAAAUACUUACUUUGUACGAAUUAUUAUUAAUAUACUAAAAUAUUCGCAUUCGUAUACGCAUGCGUAUGUACGUGUGAGACUAUUUAUUUUAUACAACGCUAUUAUAUAAAUAUAUACCUACUUAUUAUAAUAUAAUUGUAUACAAAUUUUAAGUGAAAUUAGGCAAGAUAAUGGUACUGCGAGCGUUAGUUCUAAAUUAAACGCUUUGUAGUCUGUUUGUAGAUAUACUUAUAUAUAUAGAAAUGCAUAAGCCUGUACUACUUAUACGAGUACAUAGUAUAUAACUAGAUUUAUUUAUAAACUUAAAUUAGAAACUCUGGCUUAACAUACACUUUGCACCUCAAUUCACAGAGGUCAGCAGUGCUUAGUUGAAACGGAUAAGAAAUGAACUCCAAUUUAGUGCAUUAUUUGCAAUGCUCCAAGCUAAAAAAAAAAAUAAAAUUUGUUCUGAAAAAAGGCUUUUGUAUAAUAACUAUUGAAUUAGCAGAAAGCGUUAACUGUAAUGUAACUAUUAGUAAUUGAAAUUAUACAAGUCCUUUAUACAUGCGUGUAGGGAAAUUGUAUAACAGACCAGAAUUAAUUAGUUAUAAACUAACUUCAUGAAGAAAGAACAGCACUAAACACUCCAACAACUCAACACAUAAGAUUCUGCAAAUAAGCUUUACUUUUCAGUGUCUAUUUUCAAAAAAAAAAAAAGAAAAAAAAAAAGAGGAUAAAUGUUGAAAGAGUUUUUAUACAACUCUGUUAAACUAUAGAAUAUGAAUUAUAAAGAAUGUAUUGUAAAUUAAUUGUAAAAUAAUUAUUGAAAAUAUUUGUUGGAAAUAACGUUUCUAAAUUAUUACCUCUUUCAUUAUUUAAUGUUACUUGUUUAAAUUAUGAAAAUAUCUACAGUAUAUGUUAAUACCAUGAAUUGUCAUAAUUGUUAUUGGCAAGCAUAAACUUUUCCAUUAUAUAUUGUUUAUACAUACAUAUAUUUUAUACAGAGGCAUUUAGUUAUAUGUUUAAAGACUGAAUGGUUGCAAGCGUCAAUGCACAUUAUAAAAAAUAAAUAAAAAAAUGUUAAUGCUUAUUUGCAGAAAGUGAAGUGAAAUGUAUGUGAAAUAGCAACAGGUUUCUCCACCUUUUUCGCACAUUUCAUAUUACACUUAUUUUUUAAUACUAAUCAUAUAUCCAAACAAACUCAUUUCGUUUGCAUACAUACUUUGAGCGAGAAAAAUGAACAUAUGUACAUAUAACAUACUAAUUUGUCGCUUACUUGAAUUUAAAAUUAAAGUACAGUUAACUUGUUGCUGUUCAUUGUACUUCUAAUGAAAAAGAAUACGUAGCUUCUCGUAAGUUUUCUUCACUUUGUUAAGGUCCUUUAAAAAACACUGUCUUCCCAUUUGUGUCUUCGCAUUGUAAUUUUUUAAUUUUCCGUACAACGAUUUUCUUUUGUGCUUUUAACGUUUUCAUUCGUACUAAAGCAUUCCAUUCAUGCUGCAUACUUCCGUUUUCGUUGAAUACAAACUUACAUAGUUGAAGAGUUACACAUAUACAUAUAUAUAUUUAAUUUAAUUCAGUUGUAAAUUUUGAUUUCGCUUAAUUAUUUUUAAGAUUGUAUAUACAUUAAUGCGAAACCUACAAAGUAAACAUCAUCAAUGUCGCAUUUAUUAUUAA